AUGGGAGUUGAGAGUUUAGUGGGGACGACACUCUGGAAAUCACGAACCCUGCUGGAGAAAUGCCUCAUCCUCUCCGUGGUCACACUUCUCUUGAUCGUCUUCAUCUUGGCACUCGCCCUCACGGCUACUGGCCGCCACUAUCCCUCCCAAUCAAUAUUCCCUCCACUGAUACCGGAAAAGCAAGUGUGCCUGACAGAAACUUGUGUUAAGACUGCAGCAAAUCUAAUAUCGUCGAUAGACAGGUCAGUUGACCCAUGCGAGGAUUUCUACAAUUUUGCCUGUGGUAAUUGGAUAAAGGAGAAUCCCAUUCCUGAUGGCAAAUCAAUGUGGGGAACAUUUGUCAAGCUGGACCAACAGAAUCAGCUAGUUGUCAAGAAUGCCCUUGAAAAACCUUUCAAUGAACUAAAAUCCAAGUCUGAAAAGAAAGCCAAAUUAUACUACAUGUCAUGUAUGGACGCAAAUGAGACAAUAGAAGCUCUUGGUGCUAAACCAAUGUUGGAUUUGCUAAAAGAAGUUGGAGGUUGGAGUAUUGCAGGACCAUUUAAUAUUGAAAACUGGAAUCUUCAACAAUCAUUGCAGAUUCUACAAAACAAAUACAACAUGGGAGGACUUUUUUCUUGGGCAGUUCAAGAAGAUGACAGAAAUUCUAGUAUACAUAUAAUCCAGGUUGAUCAAGCUGGUUUGACAUUGCCUACCAGGGACACUUACCUUAAUAAAACGGCAAAUGAAAAAAUCCUUCAUGCUUAUCUUGACUACAUGACUGAUAUUGGUGUUUUGCUUGGUGGUGAAAGAAAUAGGACAAGAGGACUAAUGCAGGCUGUGAUAGAUUUUGAAACUCGUUUAGCAGAAAUCACUAUACCAGCAGAAGAAAGAAGAGAUGAAGAAAAAAUGUACAAUCUGAUGGCUGUGGCAGAAUUACAGGAAAUAGCACCCUUUAUAUCAUGGAUAGAUUAUUUUAGUGAUGCAUUGAGAAUUGUUCAAAAGAAAAUAACUGAUAAAGAAAAGAUUGUUGUCUAUGCCCCGAAAUAUCUUGCUAACUUAACUACAGUAAUAGAGCAGUACAAAAAUACAACAGAAGGCAAAAUAACUCUGAAUAAUUAUCUAAUAUGGCAGAUGGUAAGAAGUUUGACUGGUUGCUUGUCCCGACCAUUCAGAGAUGCUUACAAAGGAUUAAGGAAAGCACUUGUUGGAACUGAAGGAGGGGAAGAGUCGUGGAGAUAUUGUGUGACAGACACCAACAAUGUUCUAGGGUUCGCUGUGGGUGCUGUUUAUGUGAGAGAAGCGUUUCAAGGCAAAUCAAAAAUAAUGGCAGAACAAAUGAUAAAUAGGGUACGGACUGCAUUUAAAGAGAACUUAAAAGAACUGACAUGGAUGGAUGAAGAAACACGCUUAUUAGCUGAAAGUAAAGCAGAUGCAAUCAGUGAUAUGAUAGGUUUUCCUGACUAUAUUCUGGAUCCAAAACGAUUGGAUGAAAAAUAUGGAGACCUGGAUGUCAGUGAAGACCAGUACUUUCAAAAUAAUAUAAAUGCCAAUAAAUAUAAUUUGAAACAGAAUUUAAGAAAAUUAGGUCAAUCUGUUAAUAGAACAAGAUGGAAUAUGACCCCUCCAACUGUCAAUGCAUACUAUACUCCAAAUCGAAAUCAGAUUGCUUUCCCAGCUGGAAUACUGCAAGCACCUUUUUAUGAUAUCAAUCAUCAGCAGGCUCUCAAUUUCGGUGCUAUGGGUGUAGUUAUGGGCCAUGAACUGACACAUGCAUUUGAUGACCAAGGACGUGAGUAUGAUAAAUAUGGAAAUAUGCAUCAAUGGUGGAAUAAUAAAACGAUUGAAAGGUUCAAAAAACAAACAGAAUGUGUUGUGAAGCAGUAUUCUAGUUAUGAGAUUAAUAACAAGCAUUUAAAUGGAAAGCAAACUUUAGGGGAAAAUAUAGCUGACAAUGGAGGAUUAAAGGCAGCUUAUAGAGCUUACUUAGAUUGGGUAGAUAAGAACAAAGAAGAAAUACCCCUGCCGGCACUUAACCUAACUCAUAAACAACUUUUCUUCCUUAGUUUUGCUCAGGUUUGGUGUUCAGCAAGCACUGAUGAAGCAACAAACUUACAAGUUGAAAAGGAUACACACGCAACACCUAAAUAUAGAGUAAUUGGUUCAUUAUCAAAUCUUCCUGAAUUUGCAGAAAAUUUUAACUGUCCACUUGGCUCUAAGAUGAAUCCUAAAGAUAAGUGUGUGGUUUGGUAAUUAUGGAAAGAACUAUUAUUACAACCAGAAAGAAAAGUGAUUUUAAGUGUACAAAAAAAAAAAAAAAAAACUUAAGGUAUUAAAUGUACAAACAGAAACUGUUGUGAAUAGUGGUGAUAUGAAAUUUAUAUUUUUACCUGCAUCAUUUUUAUAGUUUAAAUUUCUCAUUGUAUUUUGUAAACAUAGCUGUCAUAAUGCUAUUGGCGCUUGGGAUCUCAUAGUGUUGUAUACCAAAUGUAUUUUUAUUUCUCUCUUUUUUUUGUUGUACAUACCAAAAUUUUAAUGAAUAUUCCUUAAAAAUUUUGUAAUUAGCCAAUUUUUAGAAUUUUUUAACUCACAAGUACAAGCAUAUAUGAACUACUAAACAGUUGAAAAUGUAAAUCAUAUAUUACUUGGGAAUAUUGCUAAAUAUAAUUAAAAUGAAGUGCAUGCAAGAGGUUUUCCUCCUUGAAAAGUCAUUGUGAUCACUAGACAAUUUUUGGAGAGCUUCUAAAACAGUGCAGGCCCCCCUGUUUGUGUAACUGUUAAACAGUUACUGUUUGUGUUAAACAGACAAUUUUACCUACAUAGGUUGGCUAUAUACAAAUUCAACAACUAAAUGUACACCCAGACCCAAGUACUAUGGGGCUCACCCUACUAUGCUUAGCUGUUCCAGCAUCUUCAAAUUGUUCUAGGUUCUUUAAAAAAAUAUUAAAUAAUCUGUUGAUGGGCAGAUAAAUUAUUCUUUCGUUUUCACUUAAUUUCAAAAGAAUUUUUCUUGUAUUUUGCAUGUUUUGAUAAAUUAAUAUUACAAACCUGAUCAUCUAGGGUUUCAUAAAUGUAAAUUUUGACCACUGACGGAUCCAGGAAUUUUUAAAGGAGGGGGACGAACCAUUCCUUAUUUAAACUUUUUUUUUAUUUAUUGAGCUCUGCUAUCAUUCCUUUAAAUAUUUCCCUCUACUUAUGGGACACCCUGUAUAUGGGUUUAGACAUGUAAAAAACAAAAUUGCUAACACAGGUCACUAAGAGAAAACUUUUAACAGCCAAAAAAUCCAGAUUUAUCUGAUCUUUUUGUUUUUUCAUGUAUUACUACUAAACAGUGCAUCAAAGCGAAAAACUUUUUUAAGAAAUUAAAGAAUGGAAAAUUGUAUGUCGAACGAGUAUCUAAACUUAAUUAUUCGAUUAAGUGAUAUGGUCGAUAGCCACAGUCAAUGAACACUAAUUUUUACCAACAUUGUCAAAAUCUGAGACAUAUUACUAUAAAUGGCUCUGCAGCUUGGAAAUGAGUUCUCUAAGAAAAAAAAAUCAGAAUAAUUUCCGAUUCCGAUCGUAAUCAGAUUCCGAACAAAUCGGAGACCAAAUAAUUAGUACCUUCCUUCAUGAAAACGUUUCAAACAGCAGCUAUUUUAAGAAAAGAACAACACUUUCUUAUCAGCAAUAUACAAAUUAUUACCGUGACCAGUUUUAUGAAUUGCACGGAUUCUGCAAGAAGAUCUAUUGGAACUGAAUUAAAACUGGGUCCGGGAGAAAAAACGUUUUCUUGUGCUCGAAUAAAAGUUUGUUCAAAAGAAUAAAUAAAGAUCAUUUUUUUAAAAUUAAUUUUCUUUUUUUUUCAUGUAUGGUUUUCAGUUUGGAAUCAGUAGGAACAAACUGCGACAGGAGCACAUGCCUUCACAUAUCACAGCGGUCCAAAACCUACAUCACUUCACCCUACGAGCCAACUUUUGCUCUUACAUUCUAUUUUUUGUUUCACAAAAUCUCGCAGUGUGCCAAAGGCCGGGUACAAGUUGAUCCUCAGCCUGUGGAGGUGACGUGAUAUGAGAAAAAGGCGAGAAUAAUAAAAAUGGUCAAGAUAAUAAUUUUUUAAAAUAUUGUAUUAGAAAAUUCGUCUAUGAGGAUGAAUUCUCCCUAUAUUCCUCUUUUCUUUAAAUAGCUGAUUUUUGGAACUUUUUCGGAAUUUUUUGUCCACCAUCCAAGAGGAGGGUCACCUCUUUAUAAAAUUCGCUAGUGCUGGUCAUAAGAAUAUUUUUUUUAUAUAUAUUACAUUAGAAAAUUCGUCUAUGAGGAUGAAUUUGCUCUAUUUUUCUCUUUUCAUUAAAGAGCGGCUUAAAAUACUUGUUUUUGAAAGGAAGGACCUUUGGAAGAUAUUUGGCCCAGUUAAGGAGAAUGAUGAAUGGAGAACUUAUACAAAGAGCUGGAAGUGGCCAAAUAUAUUCAGAUAGCAAGGCAGAGAUGGGAGGGCCAAGUUGUACAGAUGGACAAGACCUAAAUCCCAAAGAAGCUGCUGAGCAUGGAGUGGGUGGAAACAGAAAAGUGGGCAGACCGAAACUGAAAUGGAAAGAUGGAGUAUGUGCUGAUGCCAGAAUCCUUGAAAUCAGGAACUGGUGGAGGCUGCUCAGGACAGAGUACAUAAAGAAAAACUCUUGAGGCAGCCAAGAUCCAGUAAUGGAUUGUCGAGCUCAGGGUGAUGGUGAUCACAUUAGGAAAUUCAUUUUAAAGGUUGAUUUUUUCCUAUAUUUCUCUAUUAUUUAAAUAACUGUUUUUUCAGAAUUAUUUUUCCAUCAUUCAGAGGGGGACGCCCCCUAGCAGAAUUAUCUAAUGCUGCUCACGAUAAUACUUUUUUUUUUAGGUUACAUUAGGAAAUUCGUCUAAGAGGAUGAAUAUUCUUUAUAUUUCUCUUUUAUUAAAAUAGCUGUUUAUUGGAUUUUUUUUCCUAGCUUCCAGGUGGGGUCUGCACCCCCCUGCUGGAUCCAGUAGUGAUUUUGACUAAAUUUAUACUAAUAAACGAAUAAUGUUGAGACAAUGUUUAUAAUAAUGUUGGUAACUAUUUUCUUCCUCUUGAAAGUUCAAUAAAGCACUUUUUUUCUUCUUUUUUUUAUACUAUCUAGUCAAAACUAACCUUUAGCAUAAAAUUUUAUUUUAUAUAAAAUUAACUGAAGGAACAUUUGAGUUGCAUUAUUUUUUAUCAAUAUGUUAAGAAGGAGCGUAGAUGUACCUUUUUCAUACAGGAUUUCCAUUUAACAGCUUGAAAUCAAUGAAUUGGAAUAAUAUUAACAUAGGCAUCAUGUAAAACUAACUUAUAUUAGUUAUUGGUAACAAAUUAGGUGAAAAUAUCUGUCUUUCAGAAAAUAAAAAAUAAAUUCAUUGAUAGUAUCAUUGUGAUAGCAUUCAUAUAAUUGAUGAAACUGAAAUUGUAAAUUUAUUCAAAUAGAAAUGGCAAUUUUUCAUCAUUGACACAGGAAUAUAGGCACUACUUUUUAACAAAAUUACAGUUAAACUAUCAGUCAUGUGUCAAAGUAUCUGUUCAUAAAUAAAAUCGGAUAAGUGUACAUCACUUUUUAUUUAAAAAUAUGACUAAACUCAUUUGAUAGACAUUCAUUUAUAACAUAAUUCCAUAAAAACAAAUACAGAGAUUUUCCUUUUUUUUUUUCUUUAUAUUUUUUCAUGAAAAGUUUUUUGUUACAUGGAAGAAAUAUUCAGUUAGUUUCACAUGGUGCUACUAAUUUUUUAAUCUUGUGUUAGUUUGGAAUUUUUCAAGAUAAUAAAUAAGGCUGUUUAAACUUGAUCCCUGUUUUGAAUAAUCUGAUUAUUACAAUAUUGCUGUAUUUAUUUUCAUUAAUUUCAUUUCGUUGUGAUUAAAAUUUAUUAAAUCAGGUUUGAAACUGAUGGGUCCAAUAUUUUAUAAUAAAUUUCAAAAUGAAUACAGUUUAUAAAAUUUUGAAUUUGAUUCAUUUAGUUGGAAAAAAAAAACAACUGUAAUAUUUAGAAUCCUUAAAAAGGACUUAAACAUCAACUGAGUUCCUAAACAAUUAUUUUUAAGUUUUUGUUGUUAUUAAUACUUAGGAAAAGUUGUAUUAAUGCAACUGUACACCAGAAAUUGUUGUUAUUUUAUUUUUAUUGAAAAUGGAAUCUGAUGUUUGAAAUGCCUCUUUCUCCUUACUUUUAUUUUGUCAACUGUAAAUAGUCAAAAGUGUAAAAAUAAACUUAGGGUGCUAAGAACAAUUUUUUAGUUUAUAGCUGAUUUGAAAUUAUUUGUAAAGUAUGCUUAGUAAAUAAGAAUAGGAUAACUAAUUAAGUUUAUGCUAAUGUGCAGUGUGAAAAUGCAUUAAAUGCUAACAGCAACAUUAUUAAUGAUUUAUGACAACAUAUUUUGUCAUCAUGAGCUUUAGUGUGUUACUUUGUUUAAAUAUUUUACACUACAUUUAUAAAUUAUUCGUUUGAUGUAAGCUAUGUAAACCAUUGUGUAUCAUUUAAAGUUUUUAUGACUAAAUGUUUAAUGUUUAUUUUUGUGAUCAUAAAUCAAGUUAUAUAAUAAGUUAUAGUCAUUCUAGUGUUAUGAUGUUAUCUGUGAUACUCUUCAGCAUGUCAGUGUAUUAGAACUGUUAGUUAUAUGACUUAAAAAUUAAAAAUGUUAACCAAUAUUGUUUUAAUUAUUAUUUUCUUGUGUUUUUGUAAAAAAUAUUAAAUGUUAUGAAAUAAAAAUAUCAGAAUCAAAUAAUUUUAUUCAUGAAACUGCUAAAAUGAAAAGGUUUU